CUCUGUGUGUGAUGUCUGUGCUGACCUAGCUAACAGGGCCAGAUUGGGUAGCUGGGAUACUGGGAAAAAUCCCGGUGGGCCGGCAGAGGCUGGGCUGGGGCAGCUGCAGAAGUGUGUGGAGAGCAGGCAGCAGCAAAGUUGUGACAAACUUGUGAGGGAGUGCGCCAUAGGAGGGAGCCGGCCUGCAGACCUCAAGUAGGUUAGUAGCAGCAGUUUUAGGGAUUGAUGGGGAGUCGAGAUCGGCUGCUGCGUUGCCUGCAUUUGAUUUAUGCAGCAGGUUUUAUAUGUGGGGUGAUCCACCUUAAGAGUCCACCUUAAGAUAAAGCAGGAGGCAGUGACAGGGGAAGGGGGAGGGGUUUAGAGUGAAUACUGGUUCCAUCACUUCCGUGUUCAUGUGAGAGAAAUUCAGUUCGGAUCUGCUGGGGAUAAGGAAUGUGAGACAACUACAGUGAAUCUGCUCACUUGCAAUGCUCAGGCUCCGGAGCUGCACGGACACAAGGGAAGCAGCAAAGCAGUACACGGCCAGAGCACUGAGAGAUAUCAGGUAUUGAUGUAACUGGAGUGAAUAAGGGAACCUUCUUCCUGAGCACAGACAUUGGAGCCUGUUAUCAGCAUGAACUCAUAUGUGUUAGACAAACACGUCAAUAGUUCAUAUCUAUCCUUCACUACAGGAAGCAUCAGAAUGAUACCGCAAACUCCAAUAGUCUCCGACACCAAUAACUAUUCACAAACAUUGGGGAAUUCACAGCAGAUUUUUAGAGAAGAUGGUGAAUUGGCAGGAACAGGGCAGCAAUCAUUAUGUACAGAGAGUACGUUAACCAUCAAACAAGAGGACAACAUUUAUGAAAUUAUUAUCCCCGAGGAUAAACCACACACAUUUAAUGAGGCUUCAAAACAUAGUAAAGAAGGGAAAAGUCUAAAGUCUAGCCAAAUGAUUCAUACAAAGGAGCAACCUUUCAAAUGUACAGAAUGUGAGAAAAGCUUUAGAUGGAAGUCUCAUCUACUAGAACACUACAAAAUUCACACAGGUGAGAAACCACACACAUGUACUGAGUGCAGCAAAUGUUUUACACAAAUUAAUUAUCUGAAAACUCAUAAAAAGAUUCACACAGGAGAAAAGCCUUUCACAUGUACAGAGUGUGGAAAAUGUUUUAUACAAAAGGGUGAUCUGAAAAGGCAUGAAAGGAGUCACACAGGAGAAAAGCCUUUCACAUGUACAGAGUGUGGAAAAAGUUUUAUACAAAAGGGUAAUCUGAAAAAGCAUGAAAGGAGUCACACAGGAGAAAAACCUUUCGCAUGUACAGAGUGUGGAAAAUGUUUUACAGACACGAUUAGCCUGAAAAUUCAUGAAAGGAGUCACACAGGAGAAAAACCUUUCACAUGUACAGAGUGUGGAAAAUGUUUUACAAACACGGGUAACCUGAAAACUCAUGAAAGAAUUCACACAGGAAAAAAGCCUUUCACAUGUACUGAGUGUGGAAAAUGUUUUAUAAAAAAGGGUGAUCUGAAAAAGCAUGAAAGGAGUCACACAGGAGAAAAGCCAUUCACAUGUACAGAGUGUGGAAAAAGUUUUACAGAAAAGAAUACUCUGAAAAGGCAUGAAAGGAGUCACACAGGAGAAAAACCUUUUGCAUGUACAGAGUGUGGAAAAUGUUUUACAGACACGGGUAGCCUGAAAAUUCAUGAAAGGAGUCACACAGGAGAAAAACCUUUCACAUGUACAGAGUGUGGAAAAUGUUUUACAGAAAAGAAUAACCUGAAAACUCAUGAAAGGAUUCACACAGGAGAAAAGCCUUUCAAAUGUACAGUGUGUGGAAAAGGUUUUAUAGAAAAGAAUAAGCUGAAAACUCAUGAAAUGAUUCACACAGGAAAAAAGCCUUUCACAUGUACAGAGUGUGGAAAAAGUUUUACAGAAAAGAAUAACCUGAAAACUCAUGAAAGGAUUCACACAGGAGAAAAGCCUUUCACAUGUACAGAGUGUGGAAAAAGUUUUACACAAAAGAGUGAUCUGAAAACUCAUGAAAGGAUUCACACAGGAGAAAAGCCUUUCACAUGUACAGAGUGUGGAAAAAGUUUUACACAUAAGAGUAGUCUGAAAACUCAUGAAAUGAUUCACACAGUAGAAAAACAUUUCACAUGUACAGAGUGUGGAAAAAGUUUUACAGAUAAGAGUAACCUGAAAAAGCAUGAAAGAAUUCACACAGGAGAAAAGCCUUUCACGUGUACAGAGUGUGGAAAAAGUUUUACAGAAAAGGGUAAUCUGAAAAGUCAUGAAAGGAUUCACAAGGGAAGAAACCUUUCAUAUGUUUAGAAAGUGGAAUAAAGGUUUUCAUUGAAAUCAGUUAUCACAAACCAGCAAAUAUUUACACACAAAUAAACUUUAUAUACACAGUGUACAAACCUUUUUACAAUUACCCUAAAGAGGACACACUCUCUAAAUAGCAUCAAAAAGGAUCCUAUUGUAAAUAAUACUUUCUAAAUCCCAGUUAUAAAAGCCCCAGAUUGGAAGAGCUCUCCUGCUGUCCUUUGUUCUUCUAUAUAUGUGCACCUCAGUUUCUCUCAUAUCAAUGUGAUAGAAUCCAAACACCACACAGGAAAACAGUCAAUUUUUUGCCGUGGGGGGGGGGGUGUCCCUCUUGAAUUUUGAAAUGUUGCAAGGUAUGUGUACCCAAGGAAACUGAUUUUACUUCAUGAGACACAAUAUCAGUAACCGGUACAUACAUGAUCAUAAUCAGUUUAAUUUAAAUGGCUACUAUAAACUACAUGUAUACUGGGUAUGUAAUAUGUGUGUCAUGUUCUGUAACUUGAUAUUAUGUCUGUUAGAGGUUUUCAUGUUAGAAGCCACAAGAACUGAUAAUAGCACAUACUGUAUAUAUAAAGGGAACAUUAUAUGUCUGAUAAAUCCCUUUGUAUCAAGCGCACAAGUGUUAGGUAUAUUUAUACCAUUGUGUGCCUAUAUCAUGUAAUGCUGCUUUUUACUAUAUGAUGAUAUACAAUGUUUUUUCAUGCAAAUAAAAAGUGAUUGUAAUCCA